UUAACUGCUUAGCUAGAAAACUUUUGGACUACCCACAUGUACUUAAACAGAGAUCUCUUGAGCAUAGAAAAGGACAUUUUUUACUUGAUGCUAAGGAAUAAAUUGCAGGGUUUUUUCAACAAAAGAACAGAUUUUGUUCGUGUCAAAAAAUGUGUACCUCCAAGCGGGUCAUAGUCUGUCUCUUUCGUUCUCACAGAGCUUUUCGUUCGAUCCUUGUGUCUGCUUGUGUGGUAAAAUUACUUAAGCACGUGUGUGGCCUGCCAUUGUUAGUAAAUAAUAAUAGCUCAAUGUACAUGUUGUUUUGAAGUGUUUUUCACUUUUUCCGAUUAAUGGUGUUGGAGUUCCGACGGGCAUGAGGAUGUGGCCCGUAGUUUUCCUGUUGAUUUUCCAUGUAAUUUCCGGAAGCGCAUCCAACUAUGCAACUGGAAAUGCGUCAAGUCCUGGGGCCCACAUUCCACACAAUCGGCAUAGAGAUCCCUUCAAAGGCCAAGCCGACCGGUACUUGGAGAACUCCUUGUACGAACAGAAACCUCUCUACUGCAGACGGGAUGCCGAGUGUCAGCCCUUGGAGACUACCAAGUGCAUGGGCGCCAAACUGCCCUACCAGUCCACCACUUUGGACCUCAUCGAUCUGGCCAGUCAAGCCAAAGUGCAGGAAAAGUUGCAAAUAUAUGAGCAGUACUUGCGGUACAUUCCCAAGUGCUGGGCAGUGAUUCAGCCCUUCCUUUGUGCCCUCUACAUGCCCAAGUGCGAGAACGGACAAGUGGACCUGCCCUCUGAACAGAUGUGCAAGAUCACCAUGAAACCCUGCAAACUCAUUUACAACAGUAGUGUGUUUCCCGAAUUUUUUAACUGUGAAGAUGAGCGACUUUUUCCGCCCAAGUGCAAGAACGACAUACACGAAAUGAAAUUUAAUAUUACCGGACAUUGCAUGAAUCCCCUUAUUGAGACUGAUAAACCUGAUUGGUGGUUCAAGGAUAUUGAGGGCUGUGGUUUGGAUUGCAAAAACUCUUCUAAAUACACAAGCAACGAGCACAAUCAGAUCCAAAAACUGAUCUUGUAUUGUGCCUUGCUGUGUAUAAUUUUACAUGUUUUUGCAAUCACAACGUUUGCGAUCAACUGGAAAACGGCCAAUCGAUAUCCGGCCAAAGGCAUCUUCUAUGUUAAUGUAUGUUUCGCCAUUUCAUACGGUGGAUAUUUGAUGCAAUUUCUAGCUGCCGAUACACGUGAAGAUAUUGUAUGCAAAAAAGAUGGCACGCUGAGAAAGUCGGAACCCAGUGCGACUGAAAACCUAUCUUGCGUCAUUGUGUUUUUCAUCAUUUAUUAUUUUUUAAUCGCCGGCCUGGUUUGGUUCAUGAUCUUCGCCUAUGCUUGGUACAUGAGUUCGUUACAAGCUCUCGCAAAAACUCAAAACAAAGUGAACAAGCGACGAGCGUAUUUCCAUUUGUUGGCCUGGAGUUUGCCGUUGAUUUUAACGAUAACCACAAUGGCUAUUGGUGAAAUAGACGGCGAUUACAUCACUGGGAUUUGUUUCGUCGGGUUCGAAAACAUGAUGGCUAGAGUAGGCUUGUUUGUGGCUCCCUUAUGUGCCACUGUGCUGCUGUCCACGUAUAUUAUAAUCCGCGGUGUGAUUCUUCUCAUCAAGCUAAAAAUCGAAAGUCGCGAAGUCGUUUCUCAGCAUUCCGCACAGAAAAUCCAAUCAAACAUCAUGCGGAUGACUGUUUUCACAAUUUUCAUGCUGAUGUUCUGCAUUGUAACAAUCGGAUAUCACGUACAUAUCUCGAUGAACCGACAGUUAUGGCAUUUGAGCUUAGAAAACUACAUUGUAUGUAAACUCACGAGUUUUAGCACGGAUUAUCCGCAUUGCAAACAGUUGGAACGGCCAAGCCUUGCAAUGUUGCAACUGUAUCUUCUUGCAGUGUUUGGGCAAGGGAUUGCGAUGGCAUCGUGGGUAUGGUGUGAUGCCACUUUACAUGCCUGGGGCAGAUAUAUCAGAAAAAAGUUUCACUGCGAAGUAGAGACGCCGAUGAAGAUCCAAAAGCACAAAAUCAUAUCGCGAGUGUUUGCCGGAAGGAAGAAAUUUAACGAGGGCGGGCGCAUUUCAAUUUUUAGCGAAAAUCACACCGAUCCAGUGGGUUUGCAGUUCGAACUCAACAGUGGCGCGAGCAACGAGUUGAGUACUACGUGGGCGAAGAAUUUACCCAGAUUGGUCAAUCGGCGACCAGCAAUUCCCAACGAUGUCGGAGAGGACAACAGCUACAGCCAAUCCAUCGAAAGCGACUACAGUCUCAAUUAUAGGCACGUCAGCAUAGAGUCGCGAAGAAACUCCGGAGAUAGUCAAGUGUCGGUGCAGAUAGCGGAGCUGAAAGCCACGAAACGCGUUAAGUCGAGACGAACGCGGAGAAACGAUAAAAAUCGAUACAGGAGAUAUUCGCGAAAUGCCUCUGGAUCAUCUAGAGCGUAUGGACGAAGAACCGCCACAGCUGAACUGGAUGCGAGUCACAUUGAGCAGUUACUGAAAAGUGGAAAGUUACUUCUCCCGCCAGCGACAGUGCCAUGUUCCGAAGACGAGAACUUAUCGGUUACCAUAUCGGAAACUGCAGUCAAUAUGCGGGUCGCGAACCCGAACCUGGACUUGAACGAUCAUUUUACCAUUAGCCAGUUAAGUCGCGGCUUUCAUUUUGACCAAGUUAGUUCGACUGAUUCGGAGCCCGAAGUCGAAAAGGCAUUUAACCAUGUUCGCGACAGGCGGUAUUCCAGAAGCGACAGGGACUCACCAUCGUCGCGCAAGUCGCGAAAAUCCAGACGAUCCCGAAGGAACCCCUGCGAUCCUUUGAGGAACCAUAGAAGCGACAGCGAGAGCUCUAGCUGUCCGGAAAUUAAGCAGUUGGUCCAGAGCUCGAUGAAUUCGAAUGGAAGCGCGGGUUUGGAGCGAAAUAGAGGGUCACGACAGUCGAAAACGUCGACUGAUGUGGCGGUGCAAGCCAAUGCUCAUGACUUGGAUUUUCGGAAAUUGUGA